AUGACAACCAGAUGGCUUGUUUCAUACUUUCAAUGUCUUAUCGUAUGUAUUUCGAACCAAUGGAAAGAUAUCAAAGGCGUAGGCAACGGACUGAAAAAAAACUUUAUUAUUGGCAUAGUUUACAAAAGUGUUCGCUUUGUUUUUCUUGCCGAAUGGUGGGCCCAUUUUUGAGAUUAUUGAAUUUUUAAUCGAAUUAAAGCGGCUCUCGGUUAUAAGGCUAAUGGCCAAAUUUUAUUCAAUAAUUCCACCCGUAUCUUGUUUUUUCGGCCUAAUUCUCUCAUUAAUUUUGUCCGUUUUUGGGCCAAUUUACUCAACGUUUUUUCGUUGAAAUGGAGAAUUUGAAUUAAAGCGAGGAUUUGAGUUCCGCGGAAUUGGAAAUUGCAAUUUUCUCUGUUUUUAUGAGCCCUCUUCUCUUGCGACAUCGAUUUCAAUGUCGCACCUUUUGCCCAAGUUUUGAGAUUCCUGCUUUCUUUGGGCCAACAAUUGGCCAAAUUCCCUCAAACGUGGCUUUGUUUUGACCUUUUUACCCAAAACAAUAUAAUCUUGUCUCACUCUCUUAAUUUAUUACCUUAUUUUUUCUGUCUGCUUUGUUUUUUAUACUUUUCUUCCUGUUUUCCUACCUCCUGUGCUUAUCACUUGGUUCAUCAGAUAACACUUGCAAAGUGCUUGAAGGUUCGAAGAAAGGGCCUUUGUGAUGGUUCUGGAGGUAUUGUUUAUGUCUUUAGUCUGGGGUCCAGUCAAAAUAAGCUUGAUUUUGGAGGAUAUAAUAUGUGUUUUAAUUGGAAGUUAAUACAGCGUUCUAAAUCAUGUUUUUUAAACUAAAUCUUUGCAAAGACCAUUGAGAUCUUACGAUCUAUACUUGCCCGUUAUUCGAGACUUCCAAAAGGUCUAUCCGCCGCACAUCACUGAAGAUUUUAACUUUUCUAUAGAGCUGUCACUUCAAGAUAAAGUUUAGUAAUUUCCCCAUACUCCAUCGAAAUUACCCUAAAUCGCUCGGCCCAGAAAACAAAACCGGGUAAUGCCCUGAGGGCUUUCCGCGGCCUGAAGACGCUCCGGCCAAUUUCGGAAGUCGCUUUAUCUCCGAACUUCACUUUUUUUCGUGGGAACCGCAGUAAUGUGCAUGAAAAAAGUUUGGCCAGGCUCCGAAGGCAGCAGCCAUUCGGCCAAAUCCGGCGAGAAAUUGUUUGGAGAAAAAAGGGAAAAGACGAAAAAACAGGGAGUUGAAUAAACCCCGUCCCAUAAUAAGGUGGCUAAACAUAAUUUGCCUCAAUUCAGAAGUCGGGGAGAAAAUGUGAGAAAGUUCGGUGGGAAGAACAAAGUGUAAGUUGGUGGGCAGAACAGCUGUGGAUAUACGGCGUUCAGGGUUAUACGUUGAAAAGUUUCGAAAAUUGGGUUGUCAUGAAAAACGGAUCGUUCGUUAAAUUUGUCGUUUGUCGUAUAUAAGUUUUUAUUGGCCUCUAAUCUCCCCGGAGAAGUGUGAAAAUUGGCGCUAUUAAAAUUUUUCUCUGUAUGGAAGCACGUACUUCUUUAUUCUGCCGAGAUGCAACGACUUCUCGAUAUUUGUAGAUACAGAUGACAGAAAGCCGUGUAUUUGUUUGGAAAACUUUUGUGGACACCUGGCGUGUUAGUUAUACCAAAUACACCUUUUUUAAUUAAUAAAGCCAGAAGUAGAUAGAAUAAUAGAAUAAGUUUUUUUAAUGUUUUUGAUACUUUGAAAGUGAUUAUGUCAUAGACCAUAGACAAUGCUCAUUGCUUUGUACAUUCGUACGCGACAAUUAUUGGAUUAGAAGGGGGGAUUACAUUUUUAAGUAGUUUUUAGAAAGUAAUGCCCCAAAUUGCAUGCAAACUUGGUUAGGGACUGCUUGCUUUCCCUUUUUAGGACCUAUUUUCCAUUCUUUGGCCAUCGAAGUUACACUUUGUCAUUGGACAAUUGUUAUAAAAAGUAUGAUAUUGUGGCUAUAGUAAAUUAGUUUAUUUCCUGCUCUUAAAAAAACAAGUUAGAAAAAAUAGUCGAAAAUACAGUAAACAAAGGCGUGUUGCGUUUGUUUUUGCACUUAACACUCAGAGCGUAACGGAGGAAAAAGCCGGCUUCAGCGCUAGCGAGCAGUCAACAUGUUUUUUUAUUAUGAUUAAUAUUGUAACAAAUCGCUUACCUCGAAAAAAGUACUGUAAAGCCUUAAACAUACGAAAUUUUUAGGUUUACUUUCCGCUUGGACUUCAAAAAAAUCAUUGUUAAAAUUCAAAAUUUAAAUUUCCGCCGGUUUUGGCAUUCUGUUUCAAGAGGCUCUUGAGACCUCGAGAAGGUCAAAGAUUGAAAUUAACGUUGUAUUUAUUACUUGUAAACUAGGAGUAUCCUUUUUACUUGCAUCUAAUUUUUUUAAAGUCUUUUUUUAUAUUAUCCAUCAGCAUCUUGCAAAAAUCUAAAAAAUCUGUCUUUGUCACACCUCUGAUAGCAGUCAUAGGUCACUGAAAGUACGGUCAGUAAUUCAAGUAGGAAGAUUCAGGUUUUCCUUGGCGAUAGAAAACUUUUACUGCGCAGCGAGUGGCCUUGACCAAAAAUACCUCAUUAAAAAAAUGAACUCUCCUUUUGAUCCACAAACUUUCCUGAUCAUAAUAAUAUAAUCAAACUUUUGGUCAAACAUCAUUCUUUAUUCCCAUUAAUCCCCCCUCACCCCACCCUUUCUUCAGGAUCCCUUUUUCUACAGCUCAUCGACAGCGAGCCAAGUUUUGUCUUCAUUACCCCGCGAACUGUCAUAUUCCCAAGCCCCAUGUCCUUUACAUCCGCGAUGUAAAAAAGAGGGCCACUUAAGAACAUUUUCCAUCCUUCUUCGGGGCCGAAACUCCUCGAGCCGCCCCAAAAAAACAAAAGGACACAAAAAUUUGCCCUCCUCUAAAGGUAUAUAAAGUAAUCGCCGUGGGCUACGGUACGACGAGAUGACAUUUUUCUUCCGCAUUUUAUGGCCAUCCCAUUCUUUUAUUGUUCGAGGAUGCGCCCGCAUUGUUACGAUGAAGAGUUUCGUGUUGGGCCGCGAACUUGGGCUUUUGGACGCCGCCAUGUGGCCAUUUCGGUUUGCUUCGAUUUUGAUUAGGAAUGAGUUGAUGAUGAUUUUAUUGAAAAGCGGGCAAGAUUUUUAUUAAUUUACGGUGUUUGCGGAAUUUUUGGAUUUAUAGGGUAGUUGAUGGCAAGUGUAAGGCAAAGUUGCCUUUUGGCGGUUAUAUGUGUUAAGUUACCGACAAGAAAUCGUAGAUUAUGGGCCGGUAUACUAUGUUAUUCAAGGUGUUUGUAACUUCAUGAAAAUCUUUCUUAUUGCGCAAGAAAAUUUCUUUUUUUUGGAUAAAAUCACCUCUCUGUCGGACGUUAAUGACAAUUCAAGAGCACCAUAUAACUUGUUACUGUGAAAAGACUUAUUUUGUUAAGCCGUUUUCUUUCAUUUGGAAGUCAGUAUGGUCGCCAGUUUAAUAAAGAAGUCUAAUCUUUCAUUCCCUUUCUUUUAUCCCACAAAAAGUUUCCAAUGGGCAUUUCGAAGUUUUCCCACGACAAAACACCUGGAAGGAGAGUAGCCUUUCUUUUGAACUCUGUUUUCAGCUCAUUUUGUUCUACUUGCAACUUUGUACCAUGGCCAUUACAUUACUCCUGUCACAAUAUUUUUUUUUGUAAAAUACGAUCAGUUUCGCUGAAAUAAAAAUUUUAUAAUUGCUUUCACUUUUCAGGGACUUUGGUGGGCGCUAAUUGACGGAUGGCUAAAUUCCGGCCAUACAAAUGACAGAAUGGCCGAAACUCAACCACAUUAUGGCCAUGAGGAUGCCAAACUUUCGGCGUCCAGUCUUCCGGAUGAGGGUGAGUUUAGGGCUUGGUUGUGUGGUAACCUUUUGACUUAAAAAUGUUGAUGGUUUCUGCAAAUCUAAAGGUAAAAAUCUUGCAAAUUUCCUAAAACUAUUAAUCUUAAAUUGUAUCAAAUUAAACAUAUAGAAUUCAAUAUGUAUAUACUACAGUAUUACUUUUUGCGACUGGGCUCAAUCCCUGACCCUCCCACUCAAACUUUUCCCGAUAAUCCCCUCUUGACACACUUUUUUCACACUCCUUAUUCAACUUUUUCCCUUUCUUAAAAACAACUCAUAGGCCUACAAAAACACUACAAACGUCUUCUAAAUCCUUACAUGCCUCUUCAAACCCCUUUUUUCAUUGUUACUAUGUUUUUACUUCCCGCAGAUUUCUCGGGCCGUUCCGGCUCCCAUGACACCAAAAAAAAAGAUGAGGAAAUUUCAAAGUUCUUUUGCAUAGACAAUAACGAAGAGAGGGUUUGAAACAAAAAUAUCGCCUAUUGUGGGAUCUUUUUAAAUUUUUUGGGGGGUUCCUUGAAAAAAAAAUUAUUGUACGUAAAAAUGGGUGUUUUCAGCAAUUUUAUUGGUUCUUUACUAGGGUAUAGCCUAUUAAUACCAAGCGCAAGUACAAUAUAAAUUUUCGCUCAAAGUCCAAAAAUUUUCAAUUUAAACCGUACAGAAAAGCAUUUUAAAUUUCAGCGAACAUCAUUGAGCUGAAACCAGAAGAUCCUCAGGGUUAUUCGGGCCUUUUAUGCCUACUACAAUGUCUGAACACAACGAUUACGGGUACAUCUUCUUUCAAGAAAUUAUCGGAAGAUGAGAGAACGGCCAUUCUCUCAGAACUAUCGUAAGUCACUCUUUUUAUCCUCAAACCGUCACAAAAAUUCGAUUUUAUUUGAAUUCCAAUUUUUGCGGGUUUUUGGCGCCUUUUGGCAUUCCGUUUCAUCCUAUUUUUGCGCCAUUUUUUUUUUAUUUACGGCCUUUUUACCGCGUUUUUAUGGCUUCAAGAGUUGCAAAACGCGGAAAUGUCAAGAAAAAAAGGUAAAAUAAAUUGUUUUUUUUUAUUUAUAUUGGAUAUAAAAAAAUUUUAUUUUUUUUUUGAAUAAAAUAUAAUUUAUUUUUUAGCGCCGCCUCGAACAAAGAACGCCCACUGGUCCGCCACAGCAUCUUCCCAAAUAUGCCGCCUACAAUUCGAUUUUAUAAAAGGGAGACGAAAGUAGCCGAUUGUAAGUUUUUUGUUUGAUUUUUUUGGUUUAGAACGUUGAAGUCGGAUUUAUUAUGAAGUUUUUGAAAAUCAUAGCUGAAAUGAACGGUAUUUGGUUCGCUGUUAUAAUCAACACAGGAAAGUCUCUCCAGAAAUUUUCGUUUUCAUGGAUCUAGGAAUGAUUUUAGGCACAAAACCAAAUUUCAAGCAAAAAAUUAGGUAAAUCCUCAAAAUCUUUUUAAAACAGACUUUUUGUUGUUUCAUGUGAUUUAUUCUGCCGCGCUAUUACUUUAUUUUCUCCUCUUCAUAAAAAAGUUUUCUUUUAGUUUCGGUCAAAAAGCCUCCCGGCCGAUAUAAAUCAACAUUCCGAUGGUGUCAUACAAGCCUCUUGCCAAAUCUAAUGAAACGAACUCUAAGAUCCAGCCAUUACGAGUUAGUUCCAGAGGAAUCGGAAUGGCGCGGCUACUGGGGCAAGCAUCUUCACAGCUUCCAAUAUCGGACCUUGACUUAUUGGCAAAAGGCAAGUGUAAUAUUAAACUCUUUGAUUUUGAUUUUUAGGUCAAUCAUUUCCCUGGCGACUUCCAUCUCGGGCGGAAAGAUCGCCUCUGGCUGCAUCUAUGUGAUAUGGCCAGAAAGUUUGACGGGUUUGGAAUCAUGCCAUAUACGUAUAUUUUGCCAAGGGACCUCCCGGAACUCAGGGAAUAUUUGAAAUCGACGAAGAAGCAUGUCAUUUUGAAACCGGUGAGUAUCUUGCACGAGGUUUUUGAGAUGUUAAACUAGGCUUAAAUUGGUGUGGAAUUGUUUCUAAAAUUUGUUAGUGAUCCUCGUACUUCAGCCAGCCUCCGCUCGCGGUCGUGGGAUACAAAUCGUCAACAAGAUUGAGGAAGUUGCACUUGACACUCCCCUUAUCGCCCAGCAUUACAUCGAGUCCCCGCUCGUCAUGAACGGCUCCAAAUUCGACCUCCGAAUUUAUGUCUACGUCUCCAGCUUGGAUCCCCUAAAAAUUUACAUAUUCAAGGAUGGCCUGGCCCGGUUUGCGAGUGUCCCAUAUUGCCAUGAACAGUCCUAUAACAACCAAUAUAUGCACUUGACCAAUUUUUCCAUCAACAAAUUCGCUGAGAAGAAUGGAAUCACGGAUGGCGCCGUGGAAUUGAAAUGGAGAUUGUCAAGAUUUUGGAAAUUUGUGAAGGAAAAUGGAAAAGACCCAAAGGUUUUGUGGGAAAAAAUCAAAGAUGUUGCCAUUAGAGCGGUUAUCAGUUGUGUGGAGAGUGUCAGAAAACAGCAGGCUGUGUAUUGCCCAUAUCCAUUCCUAAAGUAAGAUUUUUUUUUGUUUAUUUUUUGCGGUAAAAUGGGGGGUUUUCGAUACUUUUUGAUCAAUUUUUUGUAAUCAAUAUUCACCUUCCUUUUUCCGUUCAAAAAAUUAUUUUUUUCUAAAAAUUUUCUAAAACAAUAUAAUUUGAGUUUUUUGCCCUCAAUAACCCCCGGUAUUUUAGUCGAGAAGUCUUCGGAAUGGACAUUUUGGUCGAUUCUGACUACAAACCCUGGAUUCUGGAGAUGAAUAUUUCCCCAUCAAUGCAAGCGGCAACAGACCAAGACGUCGUGGUCAAAGCGCCAUUAAUCGCUGACCUAAUGAAUAUGUGGAGAAUGGAAUUUGUAGCCGAUGGAGACGUUGAAGCGAUUGAUUUGAGCUAUAGGUCAAAACCUCUGAUCGAACAUAAAACUAGGAUCCACUUUUACAAGGAGGCCGAAAUGAUGGAAUUUUAUCAUAAAACUGGGGUGAGUGGAGUAUAAAAUUGAGUGGCAUGUUUCAUUGGGGUUUAAAAAAAUUUUUUUGAUUUGACUAAUCACGCCAUUUCCAGAAGAUCUCCCCCUGCAUUCUGACCGAACUCACCGACGCCGACCUCAGAAUCCUCAUUGAAUUUGAAGAGGAAUUCAAAUUACGCGGGGAUUUUGACUUGAUUUAUCCUCACAAUGAAACCAUCGCUAACUACCUCAAAUGCAACGAACCGAACUAUGCAACACUGCUGCUUACUGCAUGGAUUUGUCUGUCUCCAGAAGAGCGAACCAAAGGAAUUCAGAGGAUUCAAAAAUUGGCUGAACGUGGCGCCCAUUUAGCCCAAAUUCGAGUGGAAAAUGAGGAAAAGGAAGAGGAUGCGAGCACAAAAACGACCGAUUCUGGAUCUGUAUAG